UCUCUGUACCGUGUGACAACAACAACUCAUCCACAGAGCGGAGCUGCACUUUUCAGCUCAUUUUCCUCCUGUCAUUCCUCCUCCUAUCUUUGAUCAUUGUCCCGCCGCUCAGCCCCCCCAAAACCCUCACUCAGCACGCCCUUUUUCGGCAGCUCUUUUUACUUCCCAACUUAUCUGAGGAGCUAAACUCUCGUGGAUUUCUUAAUUUAGGGGUGUCUCGGCAGGCUGGGUUUUAUACUUUGAACUUCGGCUACUCUCUUCCCCUCCUGUAGGUGACCAUGGCCGUACCGGCUGCUCUGAUCCCACCAACUCCUCUAGUCCCACCGCCUCCGAUCUCGACUCCCUCCGCGACGACGUCCCCGCCGUCGACAACUUCAUCGCCUUCUCCAUCCCUGGCCCCCCCAUCCGGACCCGGACAGAACCUGUACAGAUCAGAGCUCCUCGCCACCGUCAGCCCGGGCAUCCCGAACGCGGCUCUACCCCCCAGCAAACCCGUGUACUCCACCCCGUCGCCUGUUGAAAACAUACCGCAAAACAAUGAGUGCAAGAUGGUCGAGUUGCGCGGUGCCAAAGUGGCCUCUUUCACCGUGGACGGCUGCGAGCUCAUCUGCCUUCCUCAGGCUUUCGACCUGUUCCUGAAGCACCUGGUCGGCGGACUGCACACGGUCUACACCAAGCUGAAGCGGCUGGAGAUCACGCCGGUGGUGUGCAAUGUGGAGCAGGUCCGCAUCCUCAGAGGGCUCGGCGCCAUCCAACCCGGGGUGAACCGCUGUAAACUCAUCUCCAGAAAAGACUUCGAGACUCUGUACAACGACUGCACCAAUGCGAGCUCCAGACCCGGCCGGCCUCCGAAGAGGACCCAGAGUGUGACAUCACCGGAGAACCCCCACAUCAUGCCCCACUCAGUCCCUGGCCUCAUGUCCCCUGGCAUGAUCCCACCCACAGGCCUGACAGCGGCGGCGGCAGCAGCUGCCAACGCAGCCAUCGCAGAGGCCAUGAAGGUCAAGAAGAUCAAGCUGGAGGCGAUGAGCAGCUACCACAGUAACGCAAACCACCAUGGGGCAGACGGAGAGAAUGGAGACCUCAGCUCCAGCGUCGGCCUGGAACUCCCCUUCAUGAUGAUGCCACACCCCCUGAUCCCAGUCAGCCUGCCUCCAGCCUCUGUCACCAUGGCGAUGAGCCAGAUGAACCACCUCAGCACCAUUGCCAACAUGGCCGCCGCAGCACAGGGCCAGAGUCUGCCCUCCAGAAUGGUCACCUCUGUUAUAAAGUCGCUGCUGGGGUUUCAGGAACGUGUGCCGGACAGUCCCUCCCCUGCUCCCUCCUUAGAAGACAACAGGAGGCCAGGCAGUCACCCAUCGUCCCACCGCAGCAGCAGUGUGUCCAGCUCCCCAGCCCACACAGAAAGCUCCUCAGACAGGAUACGUACGUCUCUUUAUAAGAGAACACAGAUAAAUGCGGCACACCACAAUGGCCUGUCCAUGAACCAAGCCCUGCUAGGCCUGUCCCCCAACAUCCCGCCUGGGCCUAAAGAGGGAGACCUGGCCCACGACAUGAGCCAUGAAGUAAAGAGGAUUCACACUGACAAAGAGGACAACUCAAUGUGCACUCCAACAGCAAGAGAUAGCUAUGAGAGGUUGUCAUUGGCUGGACAGGCCCUGCCUCCUGGCUUCCCCUCACCAUUUCUCUUCCCGGAUGGCUUGUCGUCAAUAGAGACUCUCCUCACCAACAUACAGGGCCUGCUCAAAGUGGCAAUUGACAAUGCGCGGGCUCAGGAGAAGCAGGUGCAGCUGGAGAAGACAGAGCUGAAAAUGGAGCUGUUCAGAGAGAGGGAGCUCAGAGAGACUCUGGAGAAGCAGCUCACCAUGGAGCAGAAGAACAGAGCAAUCAUUCAGAAGCGUCUGAAGAAGGAGAAGAAGGCCAAGAGGAAACUCCAAGAAGCUCUAGAGUAUGAAUCCAAGAGGAGAGAGCAGGCUGAGCAGUCCCUGAAGCAGCCCUCACCCUCUGACAGCAUGCGUUCACUCAACGGUCAGACGCUCCACAACUCUCUGACCCCUGAGAUGGAGAGUGACCGCAGCAGUGGAAGAACAGAUGCUGAAAGGACAAUACAAGAUGGAAGACUCUUCCUGAAAACCACAGUGAUGUACUGAUAAGGCCGUGAGGAGCUGGAGGAAAUAAAAAUUUCAGAAAAAAGAGAAAAAAAAAGAAAACCCAUGAAGAUUCUCAAGAGCCCUUAUCCAGGCUGAUUUAGUAGAGGAAAGAAGUCAAGCUGCUUGUAGGAGUUCAAUGGAAAAGCUGUGUUCACCCAAAUGCUGGAGGAGGUUGUGUCUGAAUGUAGAAUAAGAAGUCUUUUUCUCACAGAGGCCAACAUUAAAUAGUUUGAUAAAGCAGGUUUUGACGUAGCGGGUUGGCCAACGUGAAGGAUAAACAUAUAUUGAGCACAGUAAAAAUGUACCCAUGGUACAAUGUUGGUAAUAACUCAUAAAUUCUCAGCACUGAAGAUUUUUAUACUGUAUCUCAGCCAGCGAGAAAGCUUCGAAAAAGAAAUUCGACUGAAGUUUUGUUUUUGUAUUUCAAAUUGAAUUUUGAGAAGCUAAAAAUGACGUGGAGAUGAACCUUGUGGGAAAAAAAUGUGAAUCUAUCAAUGUGUUCAUCAAAAGAGAAGACUGAUGUUUGAUUUUCAUGUUUUCUAAAUUAGAUGACAAUACAAUCAAGUUUCCUUUUUAACAUUUGUGUAUAUACAAGAUCUGAUGAUAUGAUGGGAAAACUCACUCUAUCGAACCCAAGUGGAUUGAUAAGGUAUGUGUAUAUAACGUUAAGAGGUAUUGUGUAUGCAGUAGAGCUAUUAGGCAAACAAUACCACCAUUUAUAUAAACCUACAGUUUUGUUUUGUUCUAUUUCUGAGCCAUCAUUCUUUCCUAUAGCUGCCAUUUUGGUGAGAAAGCAUGCAGGCAUGUAAAUGUUUGUCCUGGAAUUAUGAUAUUUAAUAAAUCCUAUAUUGUGCUGAACAAAUACUAGGGUUGACUCACUCAAGCCCAGAUGAUUUUGAAAACAUAAUUAUCAAACAUUUCACUUUCAAAAUGAAGACUUUUGCUGUCAAUAGUACUGUAAUCUUUGUAACAGAGGUAAUAUUUCUUGGAAUUUACUGUACAUUUUUGUCAUGAGACACACUCAAAGUCAGCACCUCUCAAUGCUUUUUUAAAAAAAUGAUCCAGACUAAUUAUGAUCACGUGUCAGCUUGAGAAACAAUCAGUCAUGACACAACUUUUCGAAAACUGAAUGCCAUUUCUUUAAAUUGUUCAAAUCCCUGUUGAACCUACACAAACACGCAUCUUUUUUUUAGAGUGUUUCAUGAUAUCCUGAUGAGAAGAGAAAAAAAAAACUCAUAAUAAGUUAUAAUUUUGCUGUUACUUUCCCUGAAGACUUUUGAAUUUCGAUGCUGAAACACCUGUGUAUAUUCUCUAGACAUAAGCUGAUGUCAGUCCUUUAACUGCAAAACAGUUUAGACCUUAUGUGUUACAAUCAGGAGAGGAAGAGGAGGAGUGUCCCAUGUUCACAAUGUGUUUGUUCUUUUUGUUCUCAAUGGAGUGUCUAGGUCUGUUGUCACUGAUAACUUAUAUAGCUUCUCGAAUCAUCUCUUCAUUGUACUUCAAAUUCAAAUAAAGUUAACAUGUUGAUGAUAAACUAUGUUGCCCGAGGUCUUGAACACACUUCUCUGUCGCAACUUUGUUGACAACGCAGAGUGUUUUGAGGUAGAAGUCACACACUGGUUUAACAUGCCAGAGACAGCUUGAUACAGGAAAAGCCACUAACACAUAAACAUGUAGAUCAUCACCACUGAGACAGCCAAACAUAACAGUUCAAGAUGAUCUGAUACAAAUGUAAGCAAGCGUUGGGGGGCAGCUCCUUUAUUUGCAAUUCUGAAUCAUUGUUGUGUUUUUGGCGUAUUCAUUUUUGAGACCUUUCAGGCCUCAGUCUUUUAACUCAUUUCUGUGUAUUAUGUAUAGCCUAAAAAAACACUGCAGGUAUACUGUACUGUAGAAAAAUAAAUGAGCAUAUUGUUCUUCACUUUGUAUAGCAGUAAAAAAAAAAGUAUGAGUAAUCAAAUGAUGAGAAUAUCUUGUGUAAGUUUUCCUUUCUUUUCACUGAGUGCGGAUGCGAGUGUGUGUACCCUGUGACUUGCAUGUGUGAGUGUUUUUUUUUUUUAAUGCAUAGGCUAAUCCUAGAUAAACUAUGUAAAUGCGGACGUGACCAAGCUCACUGUAAAUAAAUAAUUUCAUGUGUA